AUGACGAACCAAGCCGGUGUUGCAGUGUACCUGGUUGUGUACGGAGCGGCGGUGCUGAUGGGCCUCGGCCACGCCAAGGAGAGACCAGACAAGAAGAUGGACGGCUGCAACUCUCUGCUUAGCUUCUCCUCCAACAGACAUACUUCUGAGGGAAAUGGGAACAUCCACACACAGUCGCUGUCCCCCUGGACAUGGAAACCCACAACAGUUCAAGGCCGUAUUCCUUCCACCAUUUGGGAGGCCAAGUGUUCCUCCAGUUACUGUUUGGACCCGAACCAAAGCCAGCCGAACAUGUCGAGCUAUAAUUCUGUGGCCAUCUACCAGCAUGUCCUGGUGCUCAACAGAAAAGGGAAAGAAAAAUGUUAUACCACUUCCUAUCUGCUGGUGGCUGUGGGGUGCACCUGUGUGCGUGCCAGAGUCUCCUAA